UAAAAAGAAUAGAUGAGUUGGAAGGGGAGGCGAUAAAUCAGCCAGACCAUAAUGCGACUAUGUCCGCACGUUAUUAUAUGGCUAUACUGUGCGAUUCAAAUUUCUUUCACACAGAGUAUUCCUCGAAACGCCUUCACGUACAGCAAAGAAAAGAUACCGGAACACUGUGGACGCUCCGCCUUUGACGAGUUUUGGGCAAAAUAUUUUACCGAGCAGGCUAUCAGCAAACGAAUCGUAGGAGGCACGCUUUCCAAAAAUGGAGAAUGGCCAUGGCUUAUCUCUGUCAUGUUCCACCAGACUGCUGAACAAGCAAAGCGGUUAACCAGGAAAGGUUCCAGUGGCACUGAUGGGCAAGACGAUUACACAAGCCCUUUCAUGCCUCGGUCUUUGGUAAUUAACCUUCCUGACGGCUCGAGGAUAUUCCAUCUCUGCGGUGCCACCCUUAUUCAUCCUCAGUGGGCAUUAUCCGCAGCGCAUUGUUUUCAACCCAAUGGGGACUAUCCUGACCUAUCCACAGACCCAGAAAGAUGGAUUGCACGUGUUGGGGAACACGACAUGUUGGACGAAUCGUUCCCUCAUUACGAUAUGGAAUUAGAAAGGAUUUUUGUAUUUCCUAGGUAUCAUGCUGUAAGUCAAUCAGGUGAUAUUGCCCUGCUCAAAUUCAGGAAUCCGGUGCCCAUUGGCCGGUUUGUCAAUAUCGCCUGUCUACCAACCGCUUCAGAGGAGCUGGAACCCGGAAAGGAAUGUUAUAGUGUCGGAUGGGGACAUGAAACCCAAGACGCGACUAACAUCUCAACAAUAUUAAAGCACGUUCCGGUUUCCGUUGUACCAAAAGGAGAAUGCAUUAUUAAUUACGCAACGUUACGGCAAUCACCAGAAGAACUACCCGUUGCUAUUGAGGACACUAUGAUCUGUGCUGGUCAUUCUCAAGGUGGAAAAGAUUCUUGCCAGUUCGAUUCCGGUGGGCCACUGGUUUGUCAACUAAAUGGGCAGUGGAGAGUGAUGGGUAUCAUUUCGUUCGGACACGGAUGCGGCCUACCCAAAUUCCCGGGAGUUCAUACCAAAGUGUCCGCAUACAUCCGAUGGAUUAAAUACGUGACAAAUGUAUUUUGACUACCAUCCAUUGAUGAGAAUCUAUGCAUGUACUUGAGAGCAUAUAAAAUCACCAGACUCUGCUCAACU